UUAUUCCUUGUAAGCAAGUUGAGCAUUCCCUCUCAAUUUCAUCUCUUUUUUAUUCUUGGCAUUAUAAACCCUAAAAUAUCUAACAGAAAAAGGAGAAAAAGGAAUUGGGGAUUGUAUUGUUGAAUGGAGUUAGCAGCUUGUAUUGCCCUUGCUAUGCCUUCUCUGUACGGCCGUCCACUUCUACUUCUAGAAACUUCUCUCCUCUUCCGCCUGUCUCGCUUAUCCAAAUAUCCAAUUCAACGACAACGUCAACUGCACCUCGCCGGAGCUAAUUCCGUAGGUUCUCUCUUAUCUCUGAAUGGGGUGAGGUUGCGACAGUCAUGUCUUGCCGCUGUAAUGGGUGAUACAACUGCAGUACCAAAUGGUGCUGUUAACGAGCAAAUUCCCUCUGUGAAGCUAUCUGUUUCAGUUACUAGUCAAGAAACUGAUAUGGAAAAUGGAGAAGACAGGAGAGAUCCUUCUGAAGGGUUGGAUGAGAAUAAAAUGAUCCGAGUAUGCGACAAAUUAAUUGAUGUCUUCUUGGUUGACAAGCCCAAUCCUACUGAUUGGAGAAGAUUACUAGCAUUUAGUAAAGAAUGGAACAAUAUCCGGCCCCACUUCUAUAAUCGGUGUCAGAAUCGAGCAGAAAGUGAGAGUGAUCCUGGAAUGAAGCACAAGCUACUCAGGCUUCAAUGAAAGAUGAGACUAGCGCCUUUGCGAGCAUGAAGUUUUCAUUCUCUGUGGCAAAACUAGGGAAUACGUGUUUGGUGGCUGUGCAAGCUUAUGAUACGGCAACUGAAAGUAUAGAAGCGUUAAAUGCUGCAGAGUUGAAAUUCCAAGAUAUAAUAAAUUCUCCAUCAGUGGAUGUGUCUUGCAAGAAAAUAGAUGAUCUGGCCCAGAAAAAUCAACUUGAUUCAGCACUGGUGCUCAUGAUAACGAAAGUAUGGUCAACAGCUAAGGAGUCGGACAUGACAAAAGACGAGGUAAAGGAUGUCCUUUAUCACUUGUAUAUGACAGCACGAGGAAAUCUUCAGAGGCUUAUGCCAAAAGAAAUCAGAAUUCUAAAAUAUCUACUCACAAUUGAGGAUCCUGAGGAGCGAUUGUGCACUUUGAAAGAUGCAUUCACACCGGGAGAAGAACUUGAAGGGAAAGAUGUAGAUUGCUUAUACACGACUCCAGAGCAGCUAUACAACUGGAUUGGGACAGUGGUGGAUGCAUAUAAUUUCAGUAGAGAAGGCACUCUUAUAAAAGAAGCCAGGGAUUUGAUGAACCCUAAAAUAAUUCAGAAAAUGGAGGAAUUAAAGAAGUUGAUCUUAGAUAACUUUAUGUGAGCAUUUGCUUGCUUUUAAAUAGCUAUGGCACUGCUGCUAGUGCCAGAUUCACCAGCUCGUGCCAUCAACAUCCAUAAGCAUAUGUCCCAGCUAUGGGACUGCUGCUAGUGCCAGAUGCGGUGACCACAUGAUUGCAUCGCAGAAUUGAACACAAAGCUGAUAGGUUCAAUCUCCUCACAUCGAAGAACUGUCCUUAUCUCGGGUUUGUCGAUAUUCCUGAAAGUUUAAAUAUCCUAGACGUUGGUUCAGAAGAGGCACGAGCUGUCGUUGGUUGUAUAGAACAUUGAAUUUUGUGUAUGAUAGAGCUUCUGUAUUCUGGGACAGUGACUUGAUGGCCUUUCUCCUACUCAGCUUGUUUCCUGUUGAAGCUCAAUUACGCCUUUACGAUGAUUUUUGUACACGAAUAUAUCAUUUAUGAUGAAAUUUAUCACUAUCAUCAAUGAAUUUAUAUGGUGUUUAAAGUUGUA